AUGCGCAAACCACUGGAGAAAUUGACGAUCUUCCUCGCAUGCGGAACGAUGUUCUACAUCUUGGCUGAGCUGCCAGGAACUCGGGUUUCUGCAAUCAGAAUUCGUAAGCGUGGGGUAGAGGUCUUGGACAACUCCCAGGCUCUGGUCUUGGGGUCUCAUCAACUCAACGACCACAGUCACUUGAAAUUUGGUUGUGGGGAACAGUAA